GUGGCAUCAAUCUGAACUCUGAAGCUUACUGAAAUGCUGGAAAGCUAAAUUGGAGAGGUUAAGGUAUUUUUUUCUUUUGACAGGGAGAAGAGCUUGGCAUUGGGCUAUUAGACUGUAAAGCUUGCAGGUUGGUCUACACAUCCAGGGUACAUUAAUUAUCAAACAUCUUUGUGAUCCCGGACCUGAGUUAGGCAUUCUCUUGGAGGGGAAUUCUAUGGGUUUACCGUCAUCAGACUGGGGAAGAAUAAUUUGAUCAUAAUGAAAGAUAUGCAAAAUAAUGAAGGUCGUAGACCUUUUAAAGACUUGACAAACACCAUCAAUUGUGGUGGCCAGUCAACAUCAAAUUCACGAGAACAAAUUGAUGAGCGUGUGCAACGUAAAAGGGAAAGAGAAAAAGCACGAAGUGCAUCAAUGACUCAAGAACAAAGAGAUGAUAAAAAUAAAAAACUUAGGGAAAAGUAUCAUCAAGAAAAGUCUGAAAAAAAUGCAAUACGUCGUGAACGAUAUCAUCAGAAAAAAACAUUUGGAGUUGAAUCAACCAUGAAAAACUAUGAUGGCGAUGAAGAUAGUGAUUGGCUACAUCGAGACACCUCACCCAUGCAUAUUGAUAAAGAUAACACAUAUGAUUACUCCAAUAUAUGUAUAGAUCAAAGCGGCAUGAUUGACAUUACGGAUGCAUCACCUGAUCUAAACCCAGGUCCUAUAAAUGCAUCCACUUCCAUCAACAAUGUUGUCACGUGUCCAAAAGAGCGUAAGCGUGAGGUAGAAAGAGCACGAUGGGCUGCAAUGUCUCCUGAACAAAAAGCGUUAUUAAAUAAGAGACGACGUGACUUGUAUGCAUAG